CAAGGCUGAAACCCGAAGAGCCGCUGGGCGACAUGCCUCUCGUUGCUCGAGGAAGGCUCGCGCGCAGGCCUUCCCUCGGCCGACCUCACUCGGCCGACGAGGGGUUCAAGGCCAGGGCACUAGCCUCGAUCCGAAGCGAGGACUUUGUCGUCCUCGUUGCCUCCGCCGUGCUGCUCCUGGUCUGCUCCAUCGCCGGCCCCAUCCUGUUGCCGACGCGCGAGCAGGACCUUCCUUUCCAGAUCCUCGACCUUGGCGUCACCAAAAGCGACGGAUCGCCCGCAACCGUGGUCCUGCGCGAUCCUUCGUACGAUAAGCCGAUCCUCGACGAGAAGGUUCCCAACUCAAUGCUGGGCAUAAUCAACGUGGCUGGCGUCGUGCUCACCGGUUUCGUGGGCGGCUUCCUGCCUCAGUAUGCCUUCGGAGGCCGUGGCGAAGGUAUGCGCGCCCUGUCGGCCGCCUUUGUCUCUGUGGGCGUGUGCACCCUUGCGGCCGGAAUCCUGCGCUCGUACUUUGGGAGCCUCCGUCCCAACUUCUUUGCUGGCUGCGGCUGGAACAACACACUGGGAGCGUGUACCACAGGCUGGAAGGGCGAACACGACGACUUGGACGAGGGACGCCGGUCCUUCCCGUCCGGCCACACAGCGUCUGCCUACUCGACCCUCUUCCUCCUCUCUCUCUGCCUGCUGCGCGUCGCGCGCGCCACUCGCGCUUCCAUUCGGGCGUCGCGCGCCGCGGAGGAUCACGUCGGCUGGCGCAAGCGCCUGCUCCCCGCCCUCCUCACCGUGCUGGCCGUGCUGCCGACGACGGGCGCAACUCUGAUCGCAGCCACUCGGGUGACCGACUAUUACCACUUCACCGCCGACGUGGUGGCCGGCGCCCUGCUAGGAGUGGCCAGCGCCGCUCUGGCGGCGGAGAGCCUGCUGCCUCACUUUGGCCUCGAGGGGUAGUCACAGGUAGCCCAGAGGAACUUCCACGGAGAGGAGUACCUCUCGACCUCGUUGGACUGAGCAUGUGUGUACUCGUACCGUGUGUGUGCAAUCUGUCUGUUGACUGUGCGGAGGUGCGCACCGCGCGUGUCGGUCUGUCGCGCGCCCCUGUACUUAGAUCUUACCGGCCACUUACACUACGUCACUU